CGAUCGACAACGAACGAAGCAAUCAAAUCGAAGCUGGAGGCUGGAGCUAUCUACACUGUUGCAGGCGAUUAAGGAUACAUGCAAGGCGGCCAGCUUGAAUGCUAGUAUUCGAAAACCGAGCGGUCGAAUCCUCCAACUCUGCGAAACACUCUAUUGCGAGCCCCUGAGACCCGGGGACAAAUGCCACGAUGGCUUCCUCAAACAACAGAACCUCCACAUAUACACAGGUCUCGACCUCGAGCGAUCAUGAUAGGCCCAGGAGCUCGGACGCGAAGAAGGACAUGUGGUCUUCCAUGCUGGACGGGGUUGCGAGCGGGAAGAAAUUGCCGGAGAAGAAUAUACUCGUCUUAGGAGGAUCGGCUGAGUCCCAAAGAGAAUUCCUCGAGGCGUUGUCGGGGGAAGAUGCGAGGAAACCGCAGGAUAGACAAAGCAGCAAGCAUCCUCCUAUUGCGAAUAACUUUGCCUUGGGCUACACCUAUCACGAUGUUCUAGAUGCGGACCAUGAAGAUAUUCUUGCUCGCCUUUCCAUAUACCUUCUCGCAGACCCGUCGCCCUCCUUUACCCCCCUUCUGCAACCCCUCCUCACUCCUCAAACUAUCCCCAACACACUCAUCGUCAUACUACUCGACUGGUCACAGCCAUGGUUCUGGCUAAGGGAGCUGAGGGACUGGAUAAGGCUCUUGCGUACUCUUCUGGUCUCGCUGAAUAAUGAGUGUAAGGAGAAGAUGGAAGAGGUCAUGAUCAGCUGGCGGGAUAGGGGUAGAGGUGGGAAUGCCUUGGACGGAGGGGGAACAAGUAGUACGACUGAUAGUGAUGUCAGUUUGCCUUUGGGUCCUGGAGAAUGGGAAGAAGCCUUGGGUCUUCCAUUAUGUGUCGUCUGUCAAAACUCCGAUAGAAUUGAGAUGCUAGAAAAGGAAAGAUCAUGGAAGGAAGAAGAGUUUGAUUUUGUUCUACAGACUCUAAGGACGGUCCUGUUGAAGCAUGGCGCAUCCCUCAUCUACACAAUUCCCUCGGUCACCAGCCCCUUACAAAGUCUAAUACACUCGUCUCUCAGCAUACACUCUCUAUUAAAAAGACAACCUCUCAAACACAAUGUCAUUGACAGAGACAAAGUCGUGGUCCCGCCAAACUGGGACUCUUGGGGCAAGAUCAGAGUUCUACGAGAAGGCUUCGAUGUAGAAGCCGUGAACAAUGGAUGGUCAAUUGAUAUCGAGGAAACCUACGAGUCCAACAGCCACGUGAAUGGCGAUACAGCAAAAGAUUCCGAACCGGUCCGGGCACCUGGCGGCGCGGUAGAGGCUUUUGAGGAGGUAAUCCGGGACCCGAGCCUUGAUGCUCUCCAAGCCACGGCUCAUGAGAGCAACGGUCUCAAACUUGAAGUCUCAAGCGUAGACCCUCAGACCUUCCUCUCUACCCAACUCGAAAUCCUUGACAAGCUUCGUCAGGACGCAUCUGGUAUGGACAAUAGCCGUCUGGCACGUGGUCGACUAGGGUCACCCUCGUUUGAAGGAGAUGAGGCUCACGCAGAUGAGGGACGUGUCAAUGAGCACAUCGGCCCCGUACAGUUCAAUAUGGGUGGAAUCCAGGUAGACGCUGACGAUAUGUUACAACGACUAAAGGAGCGACAAAGCUACCAAACCCCCGAUCCUGCAAGCCCAGGCCAGGUCUCCUCCCCCGAUGGCAAGUCACAAAACGAAGCGCUGGCUUCCUUCUUCGCCGGCCUCAUGAAAAGGGGCGGUGGAAGCGCAGCAAGCAGUCCGAAACCCGGCUUAUAGCCCCCUCUCUUUUCCUAAUAGGUCAUAUGCCGGCUCUCUUCAAUUUGAGCACGACGCAUAUUAGUGACAUGGAGUUCGGACUAAGUGGGGGAGGCGGUAGCUCUUCAAUAGAUGUAUGUACUGUAGAAGAAUUGUCAGUUGCCAGCAGGAUUGCAGGAUUGUUGAAGUUGUGAAAGGCGGCUCUUGCAUGAUUGACAUGAUACCCUGUUGGCGUGGUGUAUAUCUAUUUAUAUAGCUUGAUUGAGAGGUAAUUUCGACAUAGCGCGGUCUGUGUUGAUGCUUCAGAGGCGUUAGCAUCAAUAGGCAUUCGUUUGUUUUUUAUCUGUAGGUAAUGAUGGUCUGUCUACUAUCAAUUGCUCUUGCUAGGUGGAAUUCGACACCCAUGUCACAGCGAGACCUCCGAGGCGUCGAGAUAUUUCCAGUAAUUCAAAAGUCGCCGG